AUGUCUGGUGUGUCAGUCAAGGAUGAGUGCGUGGAGUUGUACAACCAGAUCAAGAUGAAGAAGGACUUGCGCUAUGUUAUCUUCAAGAUCGAGAACCACAAGGAAAUUGUGACGGAGUGCACGGGCCCAACCGGCGAGACCUACAAGGACUUCGUGAGCAAGCUGCCGGACAACCAGCCCAGGUAUGCUCUUGUGGACUAUGAGUACCAGACGGAUGAUGGACGCCCACAGUCCAAGUUGUGCUUCUUCUUCUGGUCGCCGGAUGACAAGACCACCGUGAAGGAUCGAAUGGUCUACGCCAGCUCAAAGGAUGGCCUGAAGAAGAAGUUCCCUGGAAUCAUGAAGGAGGUUCAAGCCAACGACAUGGGCGACCUAGAUGAAAAGGAGGUUGUCAGCCUCAUGAACAAGAAGUAA